AUGGUUUCGCCCCUGUUUGCCGCCCGGUCGGCCCGCAAUGUCGCCCUCAAUGUCACGGGCAAGCGAUUCCUCUCCGACAUCUCUAUUACCCGAACCGGGAAGCCCAUCAUCCGAGUCGAGGGUGGCCGUUCAUCCCUUGGAGGCCACACUGUUACGGUAUUUGGCGCAACCGGCCAGCUGGGACGAUACAUUGUGAACCGUCUUGCUCGUCAGGGAUGCACCGUCGUCGUUCCCUACCGUGAGGAGAUGACCAAGCGUCACCUCAAGGUCACCGGAGAUCUCGGCCGCGUCGUCUUUGUCGAGCACGACCUUCGAAACACCCCUUCGAUCGAGGCCAGCGUCAGACACUCGGAUGCCGUCUUCAACCUGAUUGGCCGUGAUUACCCGACCAAGAACUUUUCUCUGGAGGAUGUUCACAUUGAAGGAACCGAGCGAAUUGUCGAGGCCGUUGCCAAGUACGAUGUCGACCGAUACAUCCACGUUUCGUCCCACAGCGCCAACUCCCAGUCCGCCUCCGAGUUCUACCGCACCAAGGGCCGAGCUGAGGAGAUUGCCCGGGAACUGUUCCCCGAGACCACCAUCGUCCGACCCGCCCCCAUCUUCGGUUUCGAGGACAACCUUCUGCUUAAGCUGGCUGGUGUGACCAACCUCUUCACCUCCAACAACAUGCAGGAGAAGUUCUACCCCGUUCACUCAAUUGAUCUCGGAGCCGCCCUCGAGAAGAUCUUCUACGACGACACAACCGCCGGACAGACUUUCGAGCUUUACGGACCCAAGCAGUACAGCAUGCGCGAGAUUGCCGAUCUGGUGGACAAGGAAAUCUACAAGCAGCGACGACACAUCAACGUUCCCAAGGCCAUCCUGAAGCCCGUUGCUGAGAUCCUGAACAAGGUGCUCUGGUGGCAUACCCUGUCGGCCGAUGAGGUUGAGCGAGAGUACAUGGACCAGGUCAUUGACCCUGAGGCCAAGACUUUCAAGGAUCUUGGGAUCGAGCCCGGCGACAUUGCCAACUUUACCUACCACUACCUGCAAGGAUUCCGAAGCCAAAACUUCUACGAUCUUCCCCCUGCGACGGAGAAGGAGAAGCGGGAAGAGAAGAAGUACAUCCACGUCUUGGAUGAGUUGUAA